AUGUCAGACAACGAGGACAAUUUUGAUGGUGACGACUUUGAUGAUGUGGAGGAGGAGGAAGGACUAGAUGACCUGGAGAAUGCUGAGGAGGAGGGCCAGGAGAACGUCGAGAUCCUUCCAUCAGGGGAGCGACCGCAGGCCAACCAGAAGCGGAUCACCACGCCGUACAUGACCAAGUAUGAGCGAGCCCGCGUGCUGGGCACCCGAGCCCUCCAGAUCGCGAUGUGUGCCCCCGUGAUGGUGGAGCUGGAGGGGGAGACAGACCCCCUGCUCAUCGCCAUGAAGGAGCUCAAGGCCCGAAAGAUCCCCAUCAUCAUUCGCCGCUACCUGCCAGACGGGAGCUAUGAGGACUGGGGCGUGGAUGAACUCAUCAUCACCGACUGAGC